AUGCCAUCCAGACUGAGGAAGGCCCGGAAACUCCGAGGCCACCAGCACAUCAGUAAGCACCCAGGCAGCCUUGGGAGUGAUGAAGGCACGCAUCACCACAGGAUCACUUCUGCAAGUAUCAUCCAAGCUACUUUGGAAAUGAGCAGACGUGGGACAACUGCUGCAAAAACCAAGACUGGAGCUGCUCCGGUCAUUGACACUGUGCGAUGGGGCUACUACAAAGUUCUGGGGAAGGCCAGGCUCCCUAAGCAGUCAGUCAUCAUGAAGGCCAAAUUCUUCAAUAGAACUGCUGAAGAGAAGAUCGAGGGUGCUGGAGGUGCCUGA